GAGCCCAGAGCUUUGCUUCACACUUUAAAUAGCAGUCCCGGCAAGAUUUUGCUACAGACUCUCUGGACAGCCCGGGAGCUGAAUUCCUGAAGAUCCCAUAUCGAUGAAAGCAAAGCGAAGCUACCAAGACAUCAUCAUGUCCACGUCGCUAAGAGUCAGCCCGUCCAUCCACGGCUACCACUUUGACACAGCUGCCCGAAAGAAAGCUGUGGGCAACAUCUUUGAAAACAUAGAUCAAGACUCACUACAGAGGCUCUUCAAAAACUCUGGAGACAAGAAAGCAGAGGAGAGAGCUAAGAUCAUUUUUGCCAUAGAUCAGGAUUUGGAAGAGAAAACCAGAGCCCUGAUGGCCCUGAAGAAGAGGACGAAAGAUAAGCUUUUCCAGUUUCUGAAACUGAGGAAAUAUUCCAUCAAAGUUCACUGAGGACAGGAGAAUGGAUAAGGAGAACGGACAUUUAAAGACCACAAGUGAGUUUGUGAGACCCGAACACACUGGGCGCUUGGUUGCUGCCUUGCAAGCUUCUCUUCCACGAGGACCCAGGAGCCUGGAAAGAAACAGGACUAACUGGUUACAAUGACUCAAAGCAAUUUCACGCACUGUGCUGUGACAGUAGAGAAGAAAAUGCCUUCAGCAAGGAUUGGAAACUCUCCCUGCUGGAAAGGACUGUUGCUGGUGUCAAGAGAGUCUGAGUCUGGACAGAUACGAGAACUAAAGACAACAGAUGGCUUGGGAAGAAGUGCCUCCAGUGUCACUUUGUCAGACCCCUGGACUUAAAUUCAACCUGAACUUUUUUU